ACAAUGUAAUAUUAUCUAUCAACUAUUGAAUUUUUUAUUCCUUAUUUAAAUUCCAUAUUUGAUCAGUUUCAAAAAUAAAAAAAUCCCUUCCAAACAUUAACCUCACACUCAGAAACCAAAUGUUCUGUUGACUCCAACGAUAAUUUACAAAAAUUACAUUUAUUCAUUUCAAUUCUAAAUGACGUCAUCAGAUUUAAAAGAACCGUAAAAUGGUGACUCAGCAGCCAAUCAGGGAGCUCCUGCAUCUACCCGUCGUCAAGGGCAACGCUAAAGCGGCAGCUAACGCUAAAUGUUAAUCGGAAAAUAUUAGAUAAUCUCAGAUUUACAGAGUCUGUGUGGGACUUAUCUCAUUAUUAUUCUAAAUUUUGACCCUCUGAUAUCUUUUUAUUAAUAUUUGCCAUAUACGUCGCCUUUUACGUCCUUGCGUCGCGCUUGCACACCGAGUCCCAUUCACAGAGCGGUUUACGGCAGAGCGGAGCCCGGAUCCGUCAGAGGGCUGCUGGCCCUUUAAGGAUGAUGCAGCUGGACCAGCCGAUGUAGGACGAGCUGACCGUCGGUGCCUCCUGCCGCCGCUGCUCCGCAUCAUGGCCUCAGCACAGCCCGCACCGCCGAGGACCAACCGACCACCCCGCGGCCCUGCCCUUCCCGCAGCGGAGACGGACGUCAAGCCGAAGCAGCGGCACCGGUAGAGGCGAGCCGCUCCGCCCCCCUCCGCCCCGGUCUCCUCCAUGCCUCCGUCCAAAGCCAAGUUCAGCUAUCCGAUAAAGAGGGCUGCGAACCCGGGCGACGGCGGCGGCGGCGGAACCAUGAGCCGGGAUUAUUCCGUGAACCUGUCGGUGCAGCAGGUGCUGAGCCUCUGGGUCCACGGCGCCACCCUGAAAGACUUCACAGAGAUGUGGUACUGGGUCUUCCUGUGGUGUCUGUUCUCCUCGCUGUUCGUUCACGGCGCCGGCGGUCUCCUCAUGUUGGUCAUGCUGCAGCGCCACAGGUGGGGCCGCCUCAUCACGCUGGUUCUGGUCAGCGUCGGCUUCCUGGCCUCCCUCUCUGGAGCCGUCAUCACAAGUGCGGCGGUGGCCGGUGUGUACCGCGUGGCGGGGAAGGGCAUGGCGCCGCUGGAGGCUCUGGUGUUCGGCGCGGGUCAGACCUCGCUCUCCAUCAUCAUCUCCUUCUCCCGCAUCCUGGCCACGCUGUGAGGACGAGGGGCGGAGCCUGGCGCCGACCCGAGGGCGAGGAGGAGCGCUCACGCUGGCCGCAGCACAAUGCGCCCCCUGCUGACUCUGGAGUGUUACUGCAGCCUCUCUGUUGGGGAUCCGUGGUUCUGAGGGUCUGGUGCCAAAAUCCAGCUGCUGCUGCUUCUGACUCAAAACCUCCAGAGGAAGAAGAGGAAGAAGUUUCAGCACUUUAUGUUCAGUGAGGAGGAGCAGAAACCAGCAAACACUGGAUCAG